AUGGCUUCGACGCGCCCAGUGCCGAAAGAUGUAUUCACGGAAGGCGAAAAAGUGCUGUGUUACGAGCCGGAUAUCACAAAAGUCAAAGUUUUGUACAAUGCAAAAGUAAGUUUUUUUCAUUUUCGCAUGUUUUUGGCGCUCAUUAAUAAUUUUUUUUUUCGUUUCCAGGUCCUCGAAGUAUUUGAAGUGAAAGACAAACGUGGAAGAAAACACACCGAAAUGCUAAUUCACUUCCAAGGAUGGAGUUCGAGUUGGGAUCGUCGUGUCCCCGAUGAAUUUGUGCUAAAAGACACUCCGGAAAAUCGGGUGCUGCAAAAGGAACUUGCCGAAAAAUCACAAUUGCAACUUGGAACAUAUCUUUAUCGCAAAGAACGGAAGAAACGAAGACGAAAGUUGAGCGAACGAGUGGAAGAAUUGAUCGGAAAUAACAACCAAACUCCUACAGAAUCAGCAACAACUUCGGAAAAUGCAACUCCAACAUCCGGCGAGACACAAUCUUCACCGAUGAUACCGCCUCCGGAGCUCGAUAUCGAUUAUUACAGCAGUUCCGUGGAAAGUAGCAUGGAUGAGGAGAAGGUUUACAUGCAAAUUGGUGAAAUUCUGAAAGCUAGACUGGAAUUCGACCAUAAAUUAAUAACGCAGGAACUCAAACUCGUCAAUUUACCGACAAAAUAUCCCGUAAUCGCCAUUCUCGAGAAUUUCGUCAAACAUUACGCCUUGAAUCAAGUUUGUGGCAUCUCACCGGACCCAUCAAAAUCAAAACGAAGGAAUUCCCAAGCGAAAUUCGAGAAUCGACGGGAAAAAGAACUCGAACGGAUGAAGAAAAAUAUCGAAUUAGCGAAGGAAUUUGCGGAUGGCAUGCGAAUUUACUUCGAUUUUACGCUGAAAAACUACUUGUUGUACGAGCAGGAGAAGAAACAAGCGGAAGUGAUGCUCUUACCGGACAAUUUGAAGCAUUUUACUUACGUGGCGGCAGAUAAUGCUGUUCCUUCAAACAUCACUGUCCAAUCAGAUCCGAUCAUCCCAGUGAAAAUUCCCCCCAAAAUCGAACAAGAACCCCAUAAUGAGGCACAUGCAACGCCAAAUUCGAGUGACAGACGAUUACGAAGUCAUCACGAGCCGGAACCGGAUCCGCCGAGACCUUCAGAGACACUUUCCAGCAUGGCCAGUACGAGUUCCGAAUGUUCAACCCCGCUAACGAUGAACUCGUCGUCGAUGGAUAUUUUCCGUUCAGGUUUAACGAUGAAUAUUGGCGUCACGAAACAAGCAAAAGCGAUUUUAGACGAAACGUUUGCGUGGAAACUUUUACCGAGCGAUGCUCCGGGGGCUCCUUGCAUGAUUUACGGAGCCAUUCAUCUCACGAGAUUAUUGAUAAAAUUACCUGAAUUCCUUAACUCAUCAACACUAAACGAUGAAAAAAUCAAAACGCUCCUGAGGUACCUCGACGCCAUCUGCGAAUAUCUCGAAAGUCACGAGGAAUUGUACGGAAAGCAAUUUUACAGCAUCUGUGGCAGCGAUGACGAAGACACAAUUUUGCAAUUUAGCUCGGAUACGGAAACAGCAAGAUCUCGUCUCUCGAACGAGGGCAGCCACAGCGAGAACGAGGUCACACCAAAGAGGAAAUACGUCAAACGAACGACGUAACUUUUAUUUUUUUUGUCAUCAUCAGCGAAAAAAUUCAAAAUUGUUAAAAAUUUAUUUAAACAUUUUUCUUUUUAUUUCAAAUUUUAACUACAUUUGUUUUUAAAAAAAUUGUAAAUUAACAUGUUUCAACUAAAAAACUCAAGCUUUAAUCAACGAUUUUUAAAGUUUUUUCUUACAAUUAUUUUUUUUUGUAAAUUUUUUAAUUAAUUUUAAUCAUUAAAUAUUAUAGUUAUUUUAAUAUAUAUAAGAUUUUU